GACUUGAAGUGCAAGGAAAGUUGGAAAGUUCCAAAUAUAAACAUAUUUAUAUCUACAAACUAUCGAAAUGAUUGCCCGUCGUGCCAUCUACAAUCUCAAAAUUAAAACACCACUUCAACGGUGGAAAAGCCAUGCUUUAAAUACAAAUACGUCGACAUCGUUGUUGGUGUACCAAAAUUCAUUCAUUGCUGCGGCAAGUGUAAAGAGCAGAAUCACAAGUUUUCAUCAUUUUUCAACUUCAACGUGUUUACAGAAAAUGUCUGGAAAUUCAAAAAUCCUUUUCGAUAGUCUCGAGGAAAGCGAUCCUGAGCUAACGAAGAUGAUUAAAGAUGAAAAAAUACGACAACGUUGUGGUUUGGAAAUGAUUGCAAGUGAGAACUUUACUUCAGUUGCCGUUUUGCAAACACUCAGUUCGUGUGCACAUAAUAAAUAUUCCGAAGGUCUUCCUGGUAAAAGGUACUAUGGAGGCAAUCAAUUUAUUGAUCAAAUUGAGGUACUCGCACAAAAUCGAGCUCUAGAGACUUUUGACUUGAAUCCCGAAGAAUGGGGUGUGAAUGUUCAACCUUAUUCGGGAUCCCCGGCUAAUAUGGCCGUUUACACUGCCUUGCUAAACCCUCAUGACAGAAUUAUGGGUCUCGACUUGCCCGAUGGUGGGCAUUUAACUCACGGAUUCAUGACAGCUACAAAGAAAAUAUCUGCCACAUCGAUAUUCUUCGAGAGUAUGCCAUACAAAGUUAGUCCACAAACAGGACUAAUUGACUACGACCAACUUGAAGCUAAUGCAAAGUUAUUCAAACCUAAAUUAAUCAUUGCUGGUACUUCGUGCUAUUCGCGGUGCUUAGACUAUGAGCGAUUCAGGAAAAUUGCCAACGAAAAUGGAUCUUAUUUAUUUGCUGAUAUGGCACAUAUUGCUGGUCUAGUUGCAGCUAAAGUUAUUCCAAGUCCGUUUAAAUAUGCUGACGUUGUGAGCACCACUACUCACAAGACUCUUCGUGGCCCACGUGCUGGUAUUAUCUUCUUCCGUAAAGGUGUACGCGAAGUCAAGCCAAAUGGAGAAAAAAUUAUGUACGAUUUGGAAAAUCGUAUUAAUCAAGCCGUCUUCCCGGGGCUCCAAGGAGGCCCACACAACAACACAAUUGCCGGAAUUGCUACUGCCAUGAAGCAAGCCAAAUCUCCUGAAUUUGCUGCCUAUCAAAAACAAGUGAUUCUCAAUGCAAGUCGCUUAGCACAAGGAUUGCAAAAGCAAGGAUACACCGUUGUAACUGGUGGAACUGAUGUGCAUUUGAUUCUUGUUGAUCUUCGAAGUGUCGGCUUGACCGGUGCUCGUGGCGAACAUAUUCUUGAAGAAGUUGCAAUUGCUUGCAAUAAGAACACAGUUCCUGGAGACAAAUCUGCAUUGUUCCCAUCUGGAAUUCGUCUUGGUACUCCCGCACUGACAACUCGAGGCUUAAAUGAAAAUGAUAUGGAUAAAGUUGUCGACUUCAUCGAUCGUGCCCUUAAAAUUGCAAAAGAUGCUACGACUGCUGCUGGUCCCAAAAUUGCUGAUUUCUACAAAAUCUUGCACGAAAAUUCUGAACUAGCUGCUCGAGUUAAGUCUUUGUUAGGAGAAGUUGAAACUUUCAGCGCUACAUUCCCCAUACCUGGAAUCGGAGAACUAUAAAUAAAUAAAUAAAAACAAAUACUAUAAAAUGAAAUAUUUAUUUUUUUUUAUUUUGUACAAAUUAAAACAUUUUUUUCUGUCAAUCACUGAAUUUUUCUUGUUUGAUGCCUUAAUAAAAAUCUCAUAACUAUGUUAUAAACUAAA